GGUGGCAAUGUUGGUGCAUGGGCCUCCCAGGACAAGGAGAAAGACAGCAAAGCCGAGGAGAAUGGCUCUGACAGCUUCAUGCACUCCAUGGACCCACAGCUGGAGCAGCAAGUGAAAACCACCCAGAACCUGGUGGACUCCUACAUGGCCAUUGUCAACAAGACCGCGUGGGACCUCAUGACCAAGGAGUUCAUCUUCUCAGAGCUGCUGUCCAACUUGUACUCACGUGGGGACCAGAACACACUGAGGGAGGAGUCGACAAAGCAGACACAGCGGCGCAACGAGAUGCUGCGCAUGCACCACGUGCUGAAGGAGGCGCUCGGCAUCAUCGGUGACAUCAACGUGACCACCGUCAGCACGACCCCCAGGGCCUGUGGACGACUCCUGGCUGCAGGUGCAGAGCGUCUUUGCCGGCUGAAGGAACCAGGGCUGGCCCCCACCCUUCAUGGCUGAGCCUGGGGGCUCUUGGAACAGGCUCCAUGCCCAAGCUGGCAGACCUGGGUGCUCUCUGGAGCUGUCAGAGAGCUC